GGCUCGAGUUCUCGUCUGUGAUCAUAGCUGCGUUCAGAAAAUAGCAGCCAUGUUUGCUAAUUUGCAACUUAAAGAAAGCCCGUUUAUUAUUAACAUCACUUGUAUCAUCUUCUCAUAGAUUGUAAACCCGGGACCCAAAGGCAGUGUUGCCUAUUUAAUCGUAGGAAUACGAGAUCUGAAUGGUGAUAUGAAUGUGAAUGGCAUCACUACUGCAGAUGGGGGCAGUCAGUCUGGCCCCCACCCACCUCCUUCCUCUUAUCCCCAUCAACACCAUCAGUCCAUCAUGGAAUAUGACUACUUGUGGGCCCCAAACCAUUACAAUCCUGCUGUGAGCUCUGGCUCUGGUUGUGGCACUGGCCAUGGAACAGCCCAAAAACAGCAGCAACCCCCUCAUGCCUUUCAGGGACACUACCCAGUCAACAGGACCAUGGGGAGUUCUCAGCAACCCCCAGUGACAAGGGAACAGUACUGGGGGCUGGGAACUCCUGGCCAACAGGAAGGGGGGUCACCUGUGACAAUACGAUACUCUCAUGGCAUGUAUGGUGUUUACGCAAACCAGAUGCAUGCUGGCAUCUCACCAAUGCAGCAUCAGUCUCCAACAGUGCUUCAUCACCAACAGCACCAGCAGACACAUCCUCCACCUCAACAUCUGCAGCCACAUCAGCAGCAUUAUGACAUGGUGCCAAACGGAGUACCCUGUUAUCAAUCUCAGCAUGCAAUUCUGUCUUCUGAACAAUCUGAACCCCUGACUCUACUGAUGCCUACUGCACAGAUGUUUACCCCCCUACAAGGAAGUUUGCAGCACCAUCACAUGGGCCAUGGCAGUACUGACAGUUCCAUGCCAAAGCAUGAUAAUGGUUCACCCCAGAGAAAGCAGAGUCCAGGGAGAGGCACUGUGGCCCAUUCCUCUGGGAUUCAAGUCUGUAGAAAUGAUUCCUACCAAGACGUGGAUCAAGAUUACAGUGGUACUAAGAGGACACCUGCACUCCAACAGCUGUCCACAAGUGAUGAUUUACCUAUGAAGCCCUCAGGAACUUCCCUAGUACCCACUAAUGACCAUAAUUUGCAGGUCCAGCAGUCAGUUGUGGAUACAGAACCUGCAAAACUGUGUCAUGACAUAGAAACCACUUUCAAGGAGUUGAGUACAGCUCCUGUCCCUGCCACUCCACCAUCAAUGGCAACAGCAUUUCCUCAAGCUAUUUCUGAGCCCACUCUGGUACCUCCUCAACCACUGUCAGUACAUGCUUCAGUUUUACCAAAGCCUGGAAUAACCACCACAUCAGCAUUGGCGUCCACUCCUCAAUUACUCACCACAGCUCCAUUAAAAGUCCAAACACUAAGACCUCCUUUGGUCUCUUUGUCUCCAUCUUUUGUUACAGUGCCUGCAGCACUUUCAACUUCAAUAUCUGCUAGUUCUCAAAGGAGUCAAGCCUCCAAAGCAUCUUUUCCUGCAGUAUCUACAUCACUUGUAACUAUAUCUCAGAGCCAGUCUCUGGCAUCACCUUCCAAUACCUCUGCAGUUCGACAUAUAGCCCUUUCACAUAUAGUAGAGAACCAAGAUUCUAGGGCUCAACAGAUUACUCAGUCACCUUUAUCUCAAAGUACACAUCUUCCUGUACUCCCCAGGCCUUCCUUCUCAUUGGCACCUGCACAAAGGGCUUUGGUAUCCCCUCCUAAGUUCUCAAGCCCUCAAAACAGUUUUUUGACUGAUACAGCUGUUGAUAAUUCUAUUCUUUGUACAUUCCCUUCAUCUAUUGCUGUUGCCUCUACUUUUCCUUUUACUGCUUCUGUUUCUUCUCAAAAGGUUUUAUCUGCCCAGCAGUUCUCUGAGCUUCCCCUUGUUGUAACUAAUACAAAUGUUGUAUUAUCUUCUUGUCAGGGAGCAGGUCAUGCAGCUUCUCAUGAAUCAGAGCAGCAGACCACUGACAUGUCAUGUUCUCCAAUGAAAACCAACAGUGUAUCUGAAGUUAGUUGGACUCACCAUAAAGUCAGAGUGACAAAUUCAGUGUGUAAACAGGAGGGCCACACAGAUCCCUCCAGUGAAGCUCUUGAUAAAAUCCCAGAGUCAUCUUUGAGUAUCCCCUGUACAAAAGAACCAGAAAAGGAUAUAUGCACCAGCAAGGACCAAGCAACUUCUGGGGAAGGAAAUGAUAAAACCUUAAAUGAUUUAUGUGAUACUGAGGCUAAGAAUUACAUAUCUUUGCCUGGGAUAAUUUAUAUUAAUAAGUCUGAAGCAGUGGAUUGUUGUGAGCACACCCAGGAUGAAGGUUCCUUCAUGUUUGCGGAUGGGUCCAUCAUCAAAGACUUGGGAGAUAUGUUGCCAGAAAAUGACCAGACAGACCCAUAUUGUGAAAACGACGCAAUAGAUCUGACCACUAAGAACCCCAAUGAUGCAAUACCACUCAAGGAUAAUUCUCAGAUUCAUAAUUCCUUAGAUAACACUCCAGAGGCUGACACCUCACAGCAUAUUUCAUCUUUAAAUGACUUCUCUGAUAAGUUUAAUAAAGAAGCAGACACAGGAGGGCAGGGAAGCACUGGUACAUCUGUUGUAGACCCCAGCCUACCAAUGCCUACUACCCCAUGUUCCAUGACAAAGAAGAAGGCACGCAAGCCAAAGGCCCCGAAGGGUUCAGCUUCUCCUGUUCAAAGUUCAUUAAGAGACAUUAAGAAAAAGAGAAUAAAGUCAACACCUAAAGCUGCCAAAGAGGAAAAAGUGAAGGAGAAAAAGAAAAAUGAAGAGAAAUUACCACUUGCAACAAAGAAGAGCAAAACUUCCAAAGAGGUGUCUGCCUCUUCCAGCUCUCUUCCUGAUGGAGCUUCAUCGCUUCUGCUCAAAGGAGGCUUUGUCAGUGACUUACACCUGACCCACAAUGUUGUGCACUCCGUUUCAAAAUCUGAGAAUAUGAAGAAGGCCAGAACAAAGGAAGUUGCUGGAAAGUGUUCAAAGCCAUCCAAAAACAAAGUUGUUUUGGAUGAAAAAGCAAAGGAGGACGAUCAUGACAGCGACUUGAUAACAGGAGAAACCCCAAGGCGGAGAAUUGCUACGGAAGAGCAAGUCAUCUUUCCUCUUCUUCAUGGUUGGAGGCGAGAGAUUCGUGUGCGAAAGCUUGAUGACCGACUGAAAGGAGAAACAUGGUAUUACACUCCCUGUGGGAGAAGAAUGAAACAGUUCCCUGAGGUCAUUAAGUACCUGAAGAAGCAUGAGGAAAAUCUGAAGGGGGUGACAAGGGAGCACUUCAGUUUUAGCCCACGUAUGCCUGUGGGAGACUUCUAUGAGGAGCGAGACACACCUGAGGGGAAGAAAUGGUUCCUUCUGGCCAAUGAAGAGGUUCCAUCCAUGAUUAUGGCAAUAACUGGCAGACGUGGUCGCCCUCCAAACCCUGACAAGGAAGUCAAGCCUCAGUCUAGAGCCCUUCAGCCCAAGGGUGCCCCACGUAGGCGUCCAGGCAGACCUCCCAAAUUGAAAGUUGUUGAUCUUCUGAGCAAAACAGAUGCCAGGCUGCUGAAUAGACUGGAGACAAAAGGGGAGCUCACAGAGGAAGAUAAAAUCAAACUGGCCAAGAUCAAAAAGAAAAUGAAGAAAAAGGCAAGAAUGAAAAGGAUGGAAGAUGCUAAUAGAAGGAAGAUCAGGCAGGAGAAACUAAAAGCUAAGUUGGAGAAUGCCAGAGAGCCUAUGCAGGAGGACCAAGCUCAGUCUUUAGACACAGACAUCUACCAGUCUGUCAAUGAUCAACCGAAGAAGCCAGGCUGUAGAAGGAAGGUUUCUGUAGAGCAGUGUCCCGAGAAGGUCUGUGCUAUGAAGAGGAUAGCAGGAGCCCGUAGCAAAGCUAAAGCUUUGGCGAAGGCGAAGGCUGAAGCAGAGGCUCAAGUGCAAGCAGCACUAGCAGCUAAGAGGCAAGCAGAGAGAAGGGCACAGGCCAAGAGACGCUUGGAGGAGAGGAAGAGGCAGCAGAAGAUCCUAGAGGAGCUGAAAAAGCCCACUGAAGACAUGUGCCUCACUGACCACAUGCCUCUGCCAGAGUUGUCUCGCAUCCCAGGAAUGGUGCUGUCAGGUGUCGCCUUUCGCCAAUGUAUCACAGUGGUAGAGUUCCUUCACAGCUUUGGGAAGGUGUUGGGUCUUCAGGUGCCUAAGGAUAUCCCAAGUCUGGCCACCCUGCAGGAGGGUCUACUGGGAAUAGGCAAAAACCAGAAUGAACUUCUUGACCUGCUAAUAAAUCUGGUCAAUGCUGUGUUGCAUGAUCCUGGUUUGCCUUCAUAUUACCAGUCAGUGAAGAUCCUAGGCGAAAAGCUGGUGGAUCUGGAACUGCGCCACAGCACAGUGUCUGAGGUGCUCCGGGUCUUUCUGGAAUCUCAUGGCUUUGAGAAGGAUAUAUGCAAUAGUCUCCGCACUAAAAGCUUCCAAACCCUGAGCCCUGAAGUUAAGGCCUCUAUCCUGGCCUUCCUGGUGGAGGAGCUCAAUGCCAGCAACACAGUCAUUAAUGAAAUUGACAAGACACUGGAGAACAUGACUACCUACAAGAAGAACAAGUGGAUUAUUGAGGGCAAACUGCGCAAAAUGAAGGCUGCUCUAGCACAUAAAACUGGCCGCUCUGAGGAGGAGCUGUGUUUUGAGGAGCGGAGGCGCAGUACUCGUGUUUGUGUGGCUGAAGAUGAGAGCCUCGCAGAUAGCAGCUUGCUGGAGCAUGGCAGCUCUCGCCAGCGUAAAGAUGAGCUCAAAAUUUGUGAGGCUGAAAGUUCAAACAACGCAAGUGUUCCUGAGCUGGAACGACAGAUUGAUAAGCUAACCAAGCGCCAGGAGUUUUUUCGUAAGAAGCUGCUGCAGUCAUCACAUUGCAUGCGGGCAAUAUCACUGGGACAGGACCGGUACCAGCGGAGGUACUGGCUGCUGCCAAAUAUCGGUGGUGUGCUGGUAGAAGGGCCAGAAGAGAUUUUAGCUUCAGGGGACAUUCUGUUGAAGGAUGAACCUAUGCUUUCUGUUGAGAAAGAGGUUAUGUCUUCUGUGAAGGUGGAUAACAUAGUCGAGCCACAUCUGUCUCCAAUGCGCAAUGCUACCAAAACACACCUACCUUUUUGCCAUCACCCUUCCAGUAUCGCCCCUCCCCCCUCCAUUUCGUCUCCUCCAGAUGCAGACCCUCUUCCAGGUGAGGCUUCUCUCAUGAGCAGCCCUCGAGGGUGGGGCCGACCCCGCAAAAUCAGACCAGAAGUCGAGCUCCAUUUACGCACAGUUAAGAAUCGCCGCCGCCGCCGCCACAGUAAAUCAGGUGGCUGGGAUUCAGUGCCAGGGGAUGGGCAUAACUCUGAAAUUCUAGAUCUCAACCAGUCUGCCUUGCAUUCCUGGUCACAUCCAUCUCAGUGCUCUCUCUCAGUUCACUCAGUUGACAUCUUUGCAUCAGGGGCUGAGAAUACCAAGGGUGACAGCCAAUCAGAAGACUUUAUGAAGGAGCACAUAGAUAGGAGACAAAUGUUGCCUAAGGAGUCAUGCAAAGAGGAAUCACUGUGUCCAUGUUCAUCUACGUUCAUGUCUUCUGUUAAAGAGACUCUACUUCCUCUUGGUACUAGCCCUCACCUUAAACCAGUCACACUGCCAAAGGCUCCCAGACCUGGCAGGAGGUGCAGGAAGGGCAGUGGUGCUGUAUACAGGAACUUUGAAGCAGAUGCAGUGAAACGCAGGGGCAGACCCCCCUCCUCUCCCUUUCAAGAAAUGGAGCAGAAGUACUUCACUCAGCUAGUGGUCAAGCCCAUUCCACAGGAGAUGGUGAAAGGUUGGUGGUGGAUCAGAGAGCCUGAGGAACUCACAGCAAUUUUGACUGCUCUCCAUCCCCGUGGUAUCAGAGAAAAAGUCCUUCGCAAGAACCUUACCAAACACAUGGAGCUCCUGACUGGGUGCUGCACACAACCUGUGACAGAUCCUGUCUUUCAUCUGAAGGUGGAGGAUGACAGACCCUUGCUGGAGGCAGUGAAGCAGCCAUGGAUAGAGCAGAAGCGUGCCAUGCAGAUUGACAUUAGCAUCCUGCAGAUGGUGGAGGAUCUGGAGCACAGGGUGGUGGGAGCUGAUCUGCAGCUUAAGAUGGCACCCCUGAAUGGACCAAGCGACACUGACAGUGCCGCCGAAUCAUCAUCUGCAGGAUUUCAGGUUUUCACUGCCCCAGAGCCUGACUCCACCAGGGAAGACCUGCAAUAUUACGAACAUGAGGUGGACCCCAGAGAAGACUGGAUGCUGAGGAGCAAAAAAGAGUGGUGGGACCUCUUGCGUGUACCCACAAACCCCCUGGAUCUGGCCGUUAUGCGCCUCACCAACCUGGAGAGGAAUAUUGAGCGACGUUACCUCAAGGGGCCACUGUGGAAUCUUGCUGAGGUGAUGCGCUUAGCUCCUCCUACAUCCCCACCUGGAGGAGAGGAGAUUGCCAUGGACACUAUCAGCCUGGAGAAUGAGAUCACCCCCAGGUUGAAGACUUGGAGGCAAGCCCUGGACCGCUGCCGAAGUGCAUCGCAGCUCUCCUUGUGUCUGCUGCAGUUGGAAAGAGCCAUUGCCUGGGAGAAAUCUAUCGUCAAAGUGACAUGCCAGGUGUGCCAUAAGGGUGAUAAUGAUGCAUGUCUACUGCUAUGCGAUGGCUGUGAUCGUGGAUGGCACAUGUUCUGCCUGAGGCCAAAAGUCACACAGGUGCCAGAAGGUGACUGGUUCUGUCCCACCUGCAAUUCUAUGGAAACUGGUGAAGGUUCUCAGCCAAAACAAUCAGCCCGACAGAGAGCGAAUGCACGAAAACGACGCCCUGCUUAUGGAGGAGAAAGUUCAAAUGAGGAGCAGCGACAUAGGCAGAACAUGACUACACGGCAAAAAUAUGUCCUUGCCCCCUCCAGCGGGACAAGCUACUUGCCCUCAAAACGCAGACGCAUGGCUACACGAAACCAGCCUGACCUCACAUACUGCGAGAUUAUUCUGAUGGAGAUGGAGGCCCAUGCCGAUGCUUGGCCCUUCCUAGAGCCAGUCAACCCUCGACUUGUGCCUGGGUAUCGCCGCAUCAUUAAAAACCCUAUGGAUUUUCUAACAAUGCGGGAAAGGCUUCUACAGGGAGGCUAUUGUACUUGUGAGGAGUUUGCCGCAGACGCUCAGCUGGUCUUUAACAACUGUGAGCUCUUUAACGAAGACACAUCAGAGGGGCUCAAAGGUAUUUGGACAAUUGACUGACAAGAAGUUAAUUGACCAGGUGUGGGCCAUUCCCUCAUUACUUCAAGACAAAUGAAGCAGAUAAAAGGUCUGGAGUUGAUAUCAGAUAUUGAGUUGGCAUUUGGCAGCUGUUCGACUGGAGCUACCAAUAUGAAGUCCAAGGAGAUCUCAAUGCAAGUGAAGGAGGCCAUCACUAGGAUGAAAAAACAAAAGAAACCUAUCAAAGAGAUAGAAAUAACUUUGAGUGGCCAAAUCAACAGUUGGGUACAUUCUUAAAAAGAAGAACAUCACAACAUCAAAAGAAGUCAAGAAUACUCUGGAAAAGGUAGGCGUAUCGUUGUCAAAAUCUACAGUCAAGAGACGCCUUCAUGAAUGUAAAUACAGAGAGUUUACAACAAGGUGCAAACCACUGGUAACAUUCAAGAAUAGGAAAGCCAGAUUAAAACAUCUAAAAAAGCCUCCCAUGUUCUGGAAUAAGAUUCUUUGGGCUGAUGAAACCAAGAUUAACUUGUACCAGAAUGAUGGGAAGAGAAAAGUAUGGUGAAAGAAAGGAACAGCACAUGAUCCAAAGUAUACCACAUCAUGUGUCAAACAUGGUGGAGGAAGUGUUAUGGAAUGGGCAUGUAUGGCUGCCAAUGGAAUGGGCUCACUGGUGUUUAUUGAUGAUGUGACUGCUGACAGAAGUAGCAAGAUGAAUUCUGAGGUGUAUAGGGCUAUACUCUCUGCUCACAUUCAGCCAAAUGCUACAAAACCGAUAGGACGCCGCGUCACACUGCAGGGGGUUAAUGACCCUAAACAUACUGCGAAAGCAACUCAAGACUUUCUGAAGGCAAAGAAAUGGAAUAUUCUUGAAUGGCCAAGUCAGUCGCCUGAUCUGAACCCAAUAGACCAUGCUUUUCACUUACUGAAGACAAGACUGAAGGCAGAUAGACCCACAAACAAGCAGCAACUGAAGGUGGCUGCAGUGAAGGCCUGGCAAAGCAUCUCCAGAGAGGAAACUCAGUGGAAAAGUGGUGAUGUCCAUGGGCUCCAGACUUCAGGCAGUCAUUGACUGCAAAGGAUUUUCAUCCAAGUAUUAAAAUUGUGGUUAUAUUUACAAUUAUGUCACUUUGUCCAAAUACCGUUGAGCCCCUGAAAUUGGAAGUAUUUUGAUUAAAAUGGCUGUAAUUCCUAAAUGGUAAGUGACAUAUUUUUGUGGAACCUCUUAAAAUAAAGCUGAAAGUCUACACUUUGAUCACAUCUUGAUUGUUUUAUUUCAAAUCUAUUGUGGUGGCGUACAAACUCAAAAUCACAAAAACUCCAUCAUUGUCCAAAUACUUCCGGACCUAACUGUAUAUAUCAUAUUUAUUUAUUUAUUUAUUUAUUUAUUAGACAAACUACUCAUAAAAUUGCCAAAUAAACCAUUUUUGUUUUGCUCUACUUCAUGCAACAGUAUCUUUACUUCAUUAUUGGUUCAUCUUAAACAGUUAUGGCAUGUUCCAUGUUGUCUGAAAUAAGCAGCACCGCAAGCAGCAGGCUACUGUGGUUUUUAAAGGAAAGUUGUUUACCAUAUAUGGCAAUUUGAGGGCAAUUCUUUAUGCAGUGUGGCCGUGCACGAGCACAUCGAUUUAGAAUGUGUGGGAUUUAGCAAUGGCCUGUGCAUACGUACGUGUGAUAAAUACCAAUUUUCUUGUGGGUAUGGGCGGCUCUUACACACAAAUUUAGUGCUUGUUUUACACACGCUUUGAAAAAUGAGACCCUGGUCUUGCGAGCUUCUACCGUGGGUGGCUCUUAUGCUAAAGCAUUCCUUGAUGAAAUUUAAGUCAGCUAGAAAUCAAGCUCUUGCUUAUAUCUUAUAAUGACAGGUAGUUAAAGAAGUAAUCCUGGCAUUUAAUUUCUUAUCAAGAAAAGGUAGCACAAGCAACUUAAAUUUGGGAAGACCCCACUAUGUGGCUCCUCCACCCAGCACCAUGCAUCAUCAUAAAGUAUGACUAAUAAAUGAAGCCGCUCUCCAUCAGCUCAGAAGUGUGUUGUGAUUGGCCAGGAUUGAGUUUGAUUAGACAGUGGCUCAUCUGAGUUGCUCUUUCUGAGUAAAUUUCUCUGAAUUGCUCAACUCAAAUUUUUUAAACAUGAAUUUCUAUUUCCUGAAUUUUUUAAACCUUUUUUUUUAACCUAAAAUUAAAAUAACAUCAAAUUUACACAUUUUUUUCAAGCUUUACAAAUUUACACUUUUGUUUAAGCAUUACAUAUUUAGGUUCAGGUUCUUCUGACUCUGAUCUAUCUGCCAUUUUAUCUUUAUUAGUCAAUAACCUAUCAGAUAAUCUAACUAGUCACUGAACGUUCUGAGCAUUGAAGUUAUAAAAUAUAUGUAUAUUUAAUGCUUAAAUAUAUGUUUAUGUGCUUUAACUUAUGUGUAUGAUUCUUUUAACUAUCAGUUACACAACAGGGCAAACAUUAAUAUUUCAGUGGAAAACAAUGAGACCUGAAACAUUAGCGGAACACAUGGUUUUAAUAACUUCCUUUAUUCUUUUAUCUUCUUGUAGAUCCUGUUCCCAUUCAUUUGUUCACUGUACAUAUGCUUGAAGUGACUUGUAAUUGUUCAAGUUCAAAAGAAUAGGCACUCCAGCCAUACACCAUAUAUGAAAAGAUUUUUAAGUUAAUAGAGUAGAAACAUUGUCAGAGAAAGUAGAAUAUGCAGGUUAUUUCUCUGUUUGGGAGUUCCUAUGGAUCCACGUUUUCAGUCAGAGUAAUUUUAUCCAUAUAUCAUUGCUGUUACCAUUACCAUUUUUUCUAGUGGGUUUGAGCAUAUUUGUAUCAUGAUGCAAAGAAGGGGUUUAUGGUUAAGCGUGGUGAGCCAGAGGUACACUGACAUACUGAAAGGCUCACAUGCAGUCCUCCAAAGUUCUAACAUAGUGUCGUGUGUGUAUCUACUGUGCUUAACAUUAUUCAGCAUUCAGACAAGUGCUGAUGAAAUGCAUGCUCACAUGUAACUGUAUUUUGUUUACAUAGAGUAAUAUAAUGGAAGGUUAGGUAUAUGUUCAUGAUUCUGCAAUUGAUUUUUUUCCCUUCAGACCUUGUGGAGUUUUCCCAUGUGCUUGUUUCCUUGUUGAGUACCAAUAGCAAAGUCAUCACCUUGUGACCUUGAAUCCCACAUGGCUAGUCUAUAAAAAAAGGUCCCUGCUGUGUCACGCUUGUCCUUGACCUUCCGUUAUAUUUUUUUCAUUGGUGGCCACAAGGGCAAUUUUCUUCUGAAAUAUUUUAGAAUGUGCAUUAAAGUCAUCACAAGAGUUUGAUGGUACACCUCAAUAAGACAAUAACAGACAACACUCAUAAAUAGUGCAAAUAGCAUUCUUUAUUGAAACUGAAAAUCACUCAGCCAAGUGUUAUUACUGCUUCUUAUUAAGGAUGACAAUCACUCCAAGUGCCAAUAGUAUUGAAUAUUGAGGAUAAGAAUCACUCAACAUUCUGAUACUGCCCUUUAUCGACGAUGGGGAUCACUAAAUGAGCUGAUAUUAUAUUCUACUGAGCGUAGGAAUCACUCCGAGUCUUAAUGCUGAUACAAGAACUCCAAAACAUUCCUUAUAUUGCAACAUAAGGGGUUCAUGCCUACUGUUCAACACCGAAAAACAUUCCACUGCAUUAGUUUAGGGGUUCUAAAAAUGCUGCAGUACUAGCCACACAGAUUUGAUUUUGAGGAUGUUUUUUCAUCUUCCUUUAACUUUAAUUUUUUUCUCCACAAGCCCAUUUCCCACUUCUGUUGUUACUGUUUCCCAUUUUACAGGGAGAAACCCUGUACCCUGAAGCAGAAAAUGCAAGCUGGACCAACACCUCAGGGCACAUAUACAUGUUCUUGUCAACAAUACCGUCACAUGCUUCUGGCUGACAGCCAUUGAGCAGUCAAAUAACAGUGUCAUUGAGAAUACUGAAAUGGUUUCCAGUUUUACCAGUGGGUUGCUGACAACAUCUUUGCCAGACAUUGAUAGUCUAUAUAUGAUUGCCUUUAUGGCCAAGACAGCUCCAUCUUCCGUCAGAAAGGCUCAUGUGGCCUGCAAUUGAAGUUUAAUGCCUGUAAAUUGAAAUGGAUUAGACACUUGUCCAGCCAUACAGGGUGUGCUGCAAUACAAUAAUGUUGCUGUUGUUCCUCUUUCGGCUGCUCCCGUUAGGGGGUCGCUACAGUGGAUCACUGGGCCGCAUAUUUGAUUUGGCACAGUUUUUAUACCAGAUGCCCUUCCUGAUGCAUCCCACCCCAAUUUUAUCUGGGCUUGAGACCCAGAUGAAAUUGGGAGUGCACUGUCAUGUGCAAUCCUAGUGGCUGGGGUUGGUUACCUGGCCAGGACUCGAACAUGGGCCUUGGCUGUGAAAGUGCCAUGGCCUAACCACUAGUACUUGAGGGACCCACAGCAAUAAAAUAAUAGUGGUGAAAAUAACAAUAAGCCAAAUAUUAUAACUAUCCUACGAUGUGCAUCAGCUCACGCUAUCUGAUGGUGCAAGAUUAGCAAAAAAAAAAAAAAAAAUCAAAGGAUUAGAAAACUUCAGUCAGCAUCCUGGAAUCCAAUUUCUCAGGGCAAGAAUGGGAAAGAGGAGCAACAUGACAGCAAGGACGUUUUAUAGUCUACCCAAAUGGGCUCACGGUCACAAGGUUGAUGACUUUGAUAUUGGUACUUGGCAAGGGAAUGAGAAAACCCCACUAGUUCCAAAGAAAACAUCCCUGGUGGUCCACAGCAAAAGGAAAAAUACUAUUUAUAAAACCAAAAAAAUAGUGUUUCAGUUCAAAUUAUCUAGCUAAAAAGUUGGGGUAGCUAACAUGAACAUUAGAGAAAAUGUUGUUAGUGAAAAUAUGAAAUAUAUUUUUUAUAUAAUAAUAAUAUAUUAUUAUUAUUAUUAUUAUUAUUAUUAUUAUUAUUAUAUAUUCUCUUUUAAUGUGACUUUGUCUAUAGAGAAAAUCUGAAAAAUCCCAAACUGCUUCGCUUCUGGUAGUAUUUAAUACCUAACAAUAUGGUAUGGUUAUUCAAAACCUGCAAGUAUGUUGUAUGGAUCUGCUUCUUCUCUGUUUGUUCUGUAAAAUGAGAGACUUCAGUUUUUAACAUUAAGUGCAGGUAUGAUGGCCAACACCUUUGCACCCCUAAAUGCACAUCCCUCUACCCCAAAUCCCCAAACUUGCCAGUCUGUCACCCCCAACACCCCUUAAAAGUCCACAUGUUCACACAUAGGUGGGCAUAGAAGUAUAAACCAGGCCUUAGCUGUUGGGUGCUAGCUGUAUUAUCUUCCAUGCUAAUGACUCUGAAAAGGAACAGACAGGGUUGGUAUAACAAAUAUCAUAAAACUGGCAAUAUGGCGCUGCCCUUGACCAUUGAUAAAUCUAUUUUCAAAUUAAAUUAUAUCAGUGUAACCUUUUUGACACACACUGAUAUUCCCUGUAUGCAUUUUUCCGCUAGCCUUAAAGUGUUUUUAUGUUUUAUUUCACUUUAAUGUAUUUCAGCAACUAAGAGCAUUACAUCCGUUUUUGGACCUCUGUCUGACCACAGGCAAAUCAAGCUUUCUGCUUCAUUAUUCCUUACAGGGUGCUUUCCUUUUAUGAACCACAUGUGCUUACAUGUGCUUUCUCAUCUGGAUUAUUUUUUCCUCAAUGUAUUUUACUGUAUAUGUUUAUACCUAAAAAGACAAAAAAAAUAGCUGGGAUUAUUGACUAGCAAUAGCCUAUAUGAAACACUUCUGGACAACAUUGUAGAAAAGUCUAGACGAUUCAUGGCAUGGCCAGUAUAGACAAGGACCAUUUGUUCUAUAGAUAACUUAAUUUUUAAAUGAACUAAUCCCACACUGAGAAACAGAGGACGUGUUUUUUUUAAACUCCAUUAACUUGAUAUUUAGAUCUUUUUGCCUCUAUGUAUGACUAGCUAAUUUACUAGACUGGCUGGUCAUUGUUGUGGAAAGGUGGAAAGGUUAAUGGCAAUAUUAUGCUUAUACAUUUGGAGCAAAAAGUAUACAUAUGUUGAGGUAUACCUGUUCUGUACUGAAAUAUGCAGGUUCUUGAGUUUUCAGAAAAGACAAGUAAAUAUCUCGAAGCUUUUAAUUUAUAUCAAUAUGAAUCAGAAUAGAGAUAUACACCAUAUCAGCCAUAACAUUAAAACCACUGACAGGUGAAGUGAAUAACAUUGAUUAUCUCAUUACAAUGGCACCUGUCAAAGGGUGGGAUAUAUUAGGCAGCAAGUGCACAGUCAGCUCUCAAAGUUGAUGCGUUGGAAUCCAGAAAAAUGGGCAAGCGUAAGGAUCUGAGAGACUUUUAUAAGGGCCAAAUUGUGAUAGUUAGACGACUGGGUCAGAGCAUCUCCAAAACGGCAGUUCUUACCAAGUGUUCCCAGUGUGCAGUGAUUAGUACCAAUGUGUGGCCAAGGCUCAGUGAUGUGCGUGGGGAGCGAAGGCUAGCCCAUCUGGUCCCAUCCCACAGAAGAGCUACCGUAGCACAAAUUGCUGAAGAAGUUUAUGCUGCUUAAGAUACAAAGGUGUCAAAACACAGUGUGCAUUGCAGCUUGCUUUGUAUGGGGCUGUGUAGACGCCGACCAGUCAGAGUGCCCAGGCUGACCCCUGUCCACCACCUAAAGUGCCUACAAUGGGUACGUGAGCAUCAGAACUGGACCAUGUAGCAAUGGAAGAAGGUAACCUGGUCUGAUGAAUCACGUUUUCUUUUACACUGCGGAGGUAGUGUGAUGCUCUUGGCCAUGUUCUGCUGGGAAACCUUGGGUCCUGGCAUUCAUACUUUAACACGUACCACCUACCUAAACAUUGCUGCAGACCAAGUACACCCCUUCAUAGCAAUGAUAUUCCCUAAUGGCAGUAGGCUCUUUCAACAGGAUAAUGUGCACUGUGUCACACUGCAAAAAAUGUUCAGGAAUAGUUUGAAGAACAUGACAAAGAGUUCAAGGUGCUGACUUGGCCUCCAAAUUCCCCAGAUCUCAUUCUGAUCGAGCAUCUGUGGCAUGUGCUGGACAAACAAAUCCGAUCUAUGGAGGACCCACCUUACAGGACUUAUAGGAUCUGCUGCUAACAUCUUGGUGUGACAUACCACAGCACACUUUCAGAGAUCUUGUGGAGUCCAUACCUCGAUGGGUCAGAGCUGUUUUGGUGGCACAAUGGGGGCCUACACAAUAUUAGGCAGGUGGUUUUAAUGUUAUGGCUGAUCGGUGUAUGAACAAAAGCUGAACUGUACCUCAUGACAUUAGUCCCCUCUGACUGAAAAUUCUCUUCAACACUGUUACUGGAGUAUUGUUUUACUCAAUGGCCAACAUUUAAUGAAUGCUAGGCUUUAUUAAUAGUGGGAAACUUUAGUGUUGUACAAUAACUUUUAUUUCUUGAAGACCUCAAAUUAUAGGAUGCAAGGAAAUGUUAGAUGCAAUAUUCCUUUUAUAAGGUUUUAUGUUACAUUUAAGUAGAUGUAGAGCACUGAGCUUGUAUAUAAGUAUGUUUUCCUCUGUGGAAAACAUGAGAUUGUGAGAAUAGAAAUAACUAUGAUAAUGAAAUGUAGUUUUUACACUGAACUUGUUCAGGAUAAUAUAACGUAUUUUACUCUGUAUAUCUAUCUGUUUAUGGAGACACAAGGGACAUUUUCCCUAAAAGAGCUGGAUGUUGUAAGUAAAUAUAGUACUAAACCAUAAACUCAAAUGUGGUGUUAGUGAAUUUUAAAUAAUGUACAGUUUUUGUGACUUUUCCCUUCUAUAUUUUUACAGAAAUAUCAUUUUUUAAAACGCGGCAUUAAGUUAUCCUGUUGUUUUAAAGUGAUACACCGUGCAUCUGUAGAAUGUACUGCAAGCAGAAUAAAAUAAGUAGUGAUACUCACUUGGCUUUACCUUA